AAGCCAAUAGUCCCAGCUGCUGUACCACAGUCGCAUCUUAGCGCUGUAAGUGUUAACAUCAUCGUGUGAUUCUUGUCAGUGCUGUCUUUGAACUUUUAUCACGUUUUUACACACUCCCACGCGGACGUCUUUAGAGAUUCAAUUUGUGAGGACAUGAAGUGUAAUCUUUGAUGAUCUAUCCUGCUAUCAAACGGAUUAGUGACUAUUUGCUAUAACAUGCUACUUAGAAAAUCGGAAAUUAGAAUAAUCAACUGUAUUUUAUUCUUGUGGAUACUUUCAUUAGGUAAUGCAGAGUCUAAUAGGCAUAGCAGGAAUUAUCCACCCGAUUCAGAAAAUUCCCCUCAACCUUUGACACCAGGAGGGCCCAACAUAUGCAGAUCCAGAUACAGCACCUAUUGUUGUCCAGGCUGGACGACACAUAACACUUUGGGACUUUGCAUAAUCCCCGUUUGUUCUAGAUCAUGUGGGGCUGGAAGGUGCAUCCAACCCAAUAUGUGUCUGUGCGAAAAUGGGCACAAGGGCACUUCGUGCACUCAAGGUUUAGGCCGUCAAACCUCUGAUGGUAAACCUUGUCGUGCAAUUUGCAUGAAUGGAGGCACUUGCACUGACGGAAGAUGCGUCUGUGCCCCCGGAUACUCGGGCGAAUUUUGCACAGAACCUAUUUGCUUGGAGCACUGCAGAAACGGUGGUAGAUGCAUCGGACCUGACCGGUGUGCUUGCAUUUACGGUUUCACAGGAAAUCACUGUGAAACAGAUUACAGGACUGGUCCUUGUUAUACUGGCGCUCGGGGAGCUUUGUGUGUUAACCAGCUCGAAGGUGUUGUCUGUACGAAAACUCUUUGUUGUGCUACUGUUGGUAAAGCUUGGGGACACCCUUGCGAGCAUUGUCCUUCGCGUCUUGAGUGUGAAAUCGGAUUUUUAAAGAACCAAAAAACGGGAGAAUGUGUUGAUAUUAACGAAUGUGAGGCUAUACCUCAUUUAUGCACAGGUGGGCAUUGUGUCAAUUCUGUGGGUUCUUUCACGUGUGAAUGUCCUGAAGGACAAUCAAGGAAUCCUAACACGAAUAAAUGCGACGAUAGAAAUGAAUGCGAGGAAGAGAAUAUUUGCCUGGACGGCAGAUGUGUUAACACAGACGGCUCCUACUUUUGUUUAUGCAAUCCUGGAUUUAUUCAAAGCCAGGAUAAAAAAUUCUGUAUUGAUGGUAGACAAGGGUUGUGUUAUACAAAUCGGUCGCCUCAAGGUUACUGUCGAAAUAGUUUACCAAUGCGACUAUCAAAAAAAGAUUGUUGUUGUGGUGUCAACAUGGGUGAAGGUUGGGGUGACGAUUGCUCGCGAUGUCCUAAAUACGGAGAAGACGAACAUCGAAAACUUUGUUAUGGGCCAACCCAUCCGGGUAAAGGUACAGAACCUGUUUCACCCAUUAAGGAAAAAGGGACAGGUCCUGAUGCCAAAAAACCGAUAAUUGAGAUUAUUCCCAUCAAUGAGUGUAUUUUAAGACCUAAUAUUUGUGGAGAGGGACAAUGUGUUGACACUCCUGAGGGAUACGAAUGUCACUGCAAGCCGGGAUAUCGGAAUAAAGGACAUAUGCAAGUGUGUGAAGAUAUCGACGAGUGUAGGGAAGGGAAAUGUCAGAAUGGGAGGUGCACUAAUACUCCUGGGAGUUUCACCUGUGUUUGCCCUCCUGGUUUUGAUGUUUCUCCUGAUGGAAGGAUUUGUACCGACCACGACGAGUGUGCCGAAAUUGGCAUGUGUACCAAUGGAAUUUGUAUUAAUAUGGAUGGUAGUUUCAAAUGUCAGUGUAAGAGUGGGUUUAAGUUAUCACCGACUGGGUUUGCUUGCAUUGACAUCGACGAAUGUUAUGAAAACCCGCGAAUUUGCCUCAACGGCCGUUGCAACAACAUCCCCGGUUCAUACACUUGCACUUGCUUGCCCGGCUUUGUUGAAUCAAGCGACAAGACUUUUUGUAGCGACUUAGACGAGUGUGCUAACACAGGAAUGUGCGACCAUGGCCGGUGUGUCAACAUGGAAGGUUCCUUCCAUUGCGUCUGCGACUCAGGAUAUCGUUUAGGCCCCGAUGGUAAACACUGUAUCGAUAUCGACGAGUGUAUAACAAAUCCUUGUCAAUAUGGAACGUGCUAUAACACUCCUGGAAGUUUUCGAUGUGAGUGUCAUCCUGGAUUUAGUUUAGGGCCUGAUGGACGUUCCUGUCUUGACACUCGACGCGACUUGUGUUACCAAGAGUACAGAGAUGGAUUGUGUUUCAAUCCAUCGACUACAGCAGUGACGCGAUCGAGUUGUUGCUGUUGCACCAUUAUUUCGGGCAAACCGAUGGGUUGGGGGACCAAUUGUCAACCUUGUCCCAUGCCUGGUACUACCGAUUUUGACCAGUUGUGUCCUCACGGGAUUGGGUCGACUUUUGACGGCAACGAUAUUAACGAAUGUGCCCAAAAUCCCAACAUUUGCCAAAAUGGUGCUUGCGAAAAUUUGAUUGGAACAUAUAGAUGUAUUUGUAACCCUGGAUUUGAGGUGGACGAGACGGGGAAAAUUUGUACCGAUAUUAACGAAUGCGAAGUCGAACAACUGGUAUGCAGCGGUGGCCAAUGUCGCAAUACUCCUGGUAGUUUUCAAUGCGUAUGUCCGACUGGUACUCAACUAAAUCCCAGUACUUACGUCUGUGAAGACGUUGAUGAAUGUCGAGAUUUAGGCCCCGAAGCUUGUUUUAACGGAGAAUGUGUUAACACUUUCGGUUCUUACAAAUGCGAGUGUGACCCUGGUUCAAUUUUGGACAACACUGGACGAAUUUGCAUUGACAACCGCAAAGGUUCGUGUUGGACCAAACUCAAUCACGGCCGUUGCGAAAAUAAUCUUCCUCAAUUAAGCCGUCGUUCUGAGUGUUGCUGCUCCAUUGGAGUCGCUUGGGGUUCCCCUUGUGAGCGAUGCAAUCGAAACGAAUGUGAUUGUCCUAAAGGUUAUGCCAAAGUUGACGGUAAAACAUGCGCUGAUAUUAACGAGUGCGAUUUACAUCCCGAUAUUUGUCGCGGGGGAACUUGUGUUAACACUGACGGAAGUUUUACUUGCACUUGCCCGCCAGGACUUACACUUGAUGAAACUCGUACGUAUUGUUUGGAUAUAAGACAAGAACAGUGUUUCACUCGGUACAAACAUGGAAAAUGCACUCAUCCGAUCGAGGGUCUCUUCCACAAAAACUUAUGUUGUUGCUCGUCUAUUGGAAGAGGUUGGGGCGAAAAGUGUGAGCCUUGCCCUAGGCCUGGGACACAAGCUUUCCUCGAAUUGUGUCCCAAAGGUCAAGGUUUUCUCGAACGCAAAGAUAUCAACGAAUGCACUGAAUUUCCAGGAAUGUGUCAGAAUGGACGUUGUAAGAAUACAAUCGGAGGGUAUAGUUGUAGGUGCAAUAAAGGUUACGACUAUGAUGACAACCGAAUUAAAUGUGUAGAUAUCGAUGAAUGCAGCAUUACCACAAGUAAUGUGUGUGGAAACGGAGUUUGUAGAAACAUUCCUGGUGAUUUUAUUUGCGAUUGUAACGACGGGUUUAGAACUAUGGCACCUAUGCAAGUGUGCAUGGAUAUUAAUGAGUGUGAGGAAAUUCCGGGGCUUUGUCGCGGGGGACAUUGUGUUAAUACUGAAGGGUCGUACAAAUGUGAAUGUCCCCCAGGACAUGAGUUAGCUCCUGACAAACAAUCUUGCAAGGAUAUAGACGAGUGUUCGAGGACGAGUGGUAUUUGUUCGAAUGGUGUUUGUGAAAAUAUGAUGGGUACUUACCAAUGCGUGUGUAAUGAAGGGUACCAACAAACCGGAUUAAAAUCGCACUGUGAAGAUAUCAAUGAAUGUGAUGAUGAACCUUGCGAUGACAUUUGUCUAAAUACUCCUGGGAGUUAUUCGUGUUCUUGUGGAUCAGGCUAUUCAUUGAUGUUGGAUGGCAAAACUUGCACAGAUAUAGACGAGUGUAAGGAAAAUCCAAGGAUUUGCAAUGGUGGCAAAUGUACCAAUACUAUAGGGAGUUAUAUUUGUCACUGCACUGCUGGUUUGCUCCCCGGAACUGGAGGAACUUCUUGUUUAGAUAUUAAUGAGUGUAAACAAAAUCCUAAUAUCUGUGGCAACGGCGAGUGUGUGAACACCCUUGGUUCAUUCCAGUGUAGAUGCGAGGACGGUUAUUCCGUCAAGCCUGAGGGAGGCCCUUCUUGUACCGACGAAGAUGAGUGUUAUCUCGGAUCAUUUAAUUGCGACAUAAACGCGGACUGCAUUAACAAUCCUGGAUCGUAUCAAUGCAGAUGUCAGGACGGUUUUACCGGGAACGGCAUAAGCUGCAGAGACAUCAACGAAUGUUUAACAAACAAUGGCGGAUGUGACCAAAAUGCUCGAUGUAUAAAUACUGAUGGUUCUUUCCGAUGCGAAUGCGAUGCCGGUUUUAAAGGAGACGGCUAUAGUUGCGUUGAUAUCGAUGAAUGUUUGAACGAUCCCAACCUUUGUGAAAACGGUCAAUGUCUUAACUAUCCGGGCUCGUUCCGAUGCGAGUGCGAGAUGGGAUUUAUGCACCCUGACGAAAGAAGCGAUCAAUCAUGUGUUGAUAUAAACGAAUGCAACAUGUUUACUAAUUUGUGCGUUUUUGGUAAAUGCGAAAAUACUUUCGGAAUGUUUCGAUGCGACUGUAAUGACGGAUAUAAACUAGAUGGAUCAGGGGGAAAUUGCACGGACAUUGACGAGUGUGAAAGCCCCCAAUCGUGUCUUUAUGGAAAAUGCUCGAAUUUAGAAGGGGGAUAUCGGUGUAUUUGUCCCCCGAAUUACGAACUCGUCGCCGAAGGCAACGCUUGCAUUGACCGGAGAACAUCACGUUGUUACCUCCAUCUCGAUCGUCAAGGCCGAUGUGAGGCCCCAACUGCCGAUUAUGUCACUAAAGCCACUUGUUGUUGUUCUGUUGGGAAAGCUUGGGGUCCCCAAUGUGAACAUUGUCCUCCUCUUGACAGUCUUCAAUAUCAAGAACUUUGUCCCGGGGGAAUGGGUUACAAACCUAAUGACCUAACAGUUGUUUUAGAAGAUAUCAACGAAUGUGAAGAACACGAAAAUAUAUGUAAAAAUGGACACUGUACUAACACUUUUGGCAGCUUCAUGUGUUCAUGUAAUGAAGGCUUCCGUCUAGACGAUACAGGUUUCUUAUGUAUUGACAUUGACGAAUGUGCAGAAAAUCCGGGGAUUUGUCGAAUCGGACAGUGUGUAAACGAGCCCGGAAAGUACUACUGUCAAUGUCCGGAGGGCUACAUGCCCUUACCUGGAAGAAGGGAGUGUGUCGACAUGCGUAAAGACCUUUGCUUUCUGAAUUAUAGUAGAUGGAGGUGUUCAACUCCGAUGACUCAAAACCAAACUCGGAAAGUUUGUUGUUGUUCAAUGGGACAAGCUUGGGGGCAACCCUGCGAACCAUGUCCAUUGCCAGGCACCAAUGAACAUUUUGAGCUUUGUGGACGACACCCGGGGCAAAUUGUGAAUCCCAUGACUAACGAAACUAUUGAAAUAAAUGAAUGCGAGUUGAUGCCCUCGAUGUGCAAGCAUGGCGAAUGCAUGAAUACUCCCGGUAGUUUCGAAUGUCAGUGCAACCGUGGCUAUAUCUAUGACGUGAAUUCUCAUCAAUGUAUCGACGAUAAUGAAUGUUUGAGGAAUCCGUGUGAAGGCAAUGCGCAAUGUAUCAACCUUCCUGGGACUUUCGAAUGCAAGUGUCCUGAGGGUUACAAACACGGGUCCACAUUUAUGGAUUGUGUGGACAUUAACGAAUGUAUUGAAAAACCGAACAUUUGUCUCAAUGGUGAAUGUAAAAACCUUCAAGGAAGCUUUCAGUGUAUUUGCCAGCCGGGUUAUUUACUCACAACGUCGCGGGAUAGCUGUGUCGACAUCAACGAGUGUCUUAGACACCCAAAUAUUUGUAAUAAUGGUUCUUGCGUAAAUAUGGUGGGUCAAUACAAGUGUCACUGCAAUCCCGGAUUCAAAUUAAGUACCAAUAAUGAUUGUGUGGAUAUUGAUGAGUGUCAUAUGAUGCCAUUUUUGUGCCGCAAUGGCCGAUGUAAAAACACUAUUGGUUCCUUCACUUGCGAAUGCGCUACUGGUUACACUUUAUCGUCCGAUGGUCACAAUUGUCGCGAUAUUGACGAGUGUCAAGAAAUUCCAGGGACGUGUCGUCCUCCCGGAAAAUGCACCAACGUCAUGGGUUCCUUUGUAUGCAGCUGUCCCAAUGGUUACGAACUCAGCACUGUAACAAACCUUUGCGAAGACAUCGACGAAUGUCUUGUUAAUCCCGGUAUUUGUGAAAACGGAAUUUGUACAAAUACCGACGGUGGGGCGUUUUGUACAUGUCCAGAUGGGUACAUCCUCGAUCAUAAUACCAUGAAAUGUAUCGAUGUUAGACAAGAACAAUGCUAUGAUUCGUUCAAUCGGGGACAAUGCUCCGAACCUCGAGGAAUGCAAAUCACGGAAAAGGAGUGUUGUUGUUCUAAAGGUGCUGCUUGGGGGAGGAAUUGUGACCGGUGUCCUCCUGAAGGUUCGCCUCAAUUUUCAAAAUUGUGUCCAGAAGGACCAGGCCGUAUGGACACAGGGAGUGAUCUUAAUGAAUGCGAGUUGAUGCCGAAUAUUUGUGAAGGGGGAGAGUGUGUCAAUACUGAUGGGUCAUUCCGAUGUGAUUGUCCCAUGGGAUAUAUGUUGGACUCGUCGGGUAGGAAAUGUAUUGACGAAAAUGAGUGUAUAACAAACCCGAAUAUUUGCGGCAAUGGAACUUGUACUAACGUCAUUGGGGGGUUUGAGUGUAGUUGUAGUGAAGGUUUUGCACCUGGACCUCUCCAAGUUUGUGAGGACGUAAACGAAUGUCACGAAAUGGGUAACCAAUGCGCGUUUAGGUGUCACAAUGUACCAGGAUCUUUCCGGUGCAUUUGCCCAUAUGGGUAUGCCGUCGCACCUGAUGGCCGACACUGUCAAGAUGUCGAUGAAUGUUUAACACCAGCCAACAACUGCAAAUUCCAGUGCAAAAAUUUGAUUGGUUCUUUUAUGUGCAUUUGCCCUGACGGCUACACACAAGUUGGUCUAACAGACGAUUGUCAGGAUAUCAACGAAUGUGCUAUUAAUCCAGGAUUGUGUCAAAAUGGCAACUGUGUAAACCUCCAAGGGUCUUAUAGAUGUGAUUGUUACGAAGGUUAUGAGCCUACACACGACCGUAAACGAUGCAUUGAUCGGAGACAAGGAAUUUGCUUCAGGAAACUAAUCCACGGCCGUUGCACUACUCACAACCGCGAACUCAAACACGUAACUAAAGCUGAUUGUUGUUGCUCAAUGGGCGAAGCCUGGGGGCCUCAUUGCGAGCUUUGCCCGUCAAAAUAUUCCCCACAGUAUCAAGAAUUGUGCCUCGAUAGCGGUUUCACAGUUGAUGGCAGAGAUGUCAACGAGUGUGAAACAAUCCCCGAUUUGUGUCGCAAUGGCCAAUGCAUCAAUACUAUGGGUUCCUACCGAUGUAUUUGCAACAAAGGAUUUAAAGCUGAUGUUUCUGGUCUGUUUUGUGUUGAUGUUAAUGAAUGUGAGCACUCGCAAUCACCUUGCCAGCACAUUUGUCGUAACACUGAAGGCAGUUUCAUGUGUUCUUGCCCCCCUGGGUAUUUAUUAAACGCGGAUGGUUUAACAUGUCGCGACUUGGAUGAAUGUGCGACUGGUCAACACGUCUGUCAACAUACUUGCAUCAACACGCAAGGGAGUUACUCAUGUUCCUGCCCCAAAGGCUACAAUCAAAUUGGUGAUGACUGUGAAGAUAUCAAUGAGUGUAAAGAAGACACUGGAAUUUGCCCCAAGCCCGGCCGUUGCGUCAACACUUUGGGCAGUUUCAAAUGCAUUUGCCCUCGCAGGUUCAAAUUGGACAAGACAGGAACUUAUUGUAUAGAUUCCGACGAGUGUUUGGAUGACAGUAAAUGUCCCGAAGGCUGUCAGAAUUUAAUAGGGGGGUACCGAUGUGGAUGUCCUGAAGGCUACGUUUUGCAUUAUUAUUACAAUCAGUGUGUUGAUGAUAAUGAGUGUGCAACUAAUCCUUGCGGUGCUAGCGGUAGUUGUUUCAAUACUCCGGGUAGUUAUAGAUGCGGAUGUCCUGAUGGAUAUCAAUUUGAUGCCAAGUUGAGCAUUUGCAUACAGGUGAGUGCAGGUUGUAGUGCAGCCCCUUGUGCGUUCGGGUGCACGUCGGUGGGCUCGGCGGGAUUUUCCUGCGGGUGCCCUCAAGGGUACCAGAGGAUAGGGCAAGGGCAUUGUCUCUCUACAAUUUCGCCCGCAACGGUGGGAUAUGGACAGGAUAUCGGAGAUGUGCCAACUUAUCCCAUAAAUGAGUUCGGGUCAGCUUCAAACGAUAAGUUAAUAACAACCGAAGGUUGUUUCUCUUGCAAAGUAAACGGACGACAUAGACGCAACUCGAGACACUACAGAUUAAAUCUGGGACAUGCAAAUGACACUUUGAGACAGAUGUUUAAGAGGUCGAGGAGGUUUAGGAGACAUCACCAUGGCGAGGAUUUGGAGUUGAAAAUUAGUCUAGCUCAAACCAAGCACAGGUUACGGAUAAUUAAAAUCCAGCCGUCUGUGAAGCGCGAAAUGGAGUACAUGAUAGUCAAAGGUAAUGAGAACGGUAAAUUUGAAUUGAUUAAAAAGCACGGAGUGUGGGCGUUACACUUUAAACGAAGACUUAAACAUCCCGGUGCUUUUGAUUUGUUGAUACAUGGAAGGCCGGUCGAAAGUGACAAUGUUGAUGAUUACAACUACGAAAAGCCACUCACACUUCGAGUCAGAUUAGUUGUUACGGAAUGAAAUUUGUUCAGCUGGCAGUUAGGUCAAAUUGGAAAAUUUUUAUAUUACCGACACAUUUAAUUGUGAUAACGAACAUUGCCCGAUUUAAAAUCACACUGCCAAAUUCAAUGUGUUCUUUUUGUGUAAUUAGCUGCCUUUCGUUGAUAUUGAUUUUAAAUGUGUUCAUUUCUGCGGUGAAACCUUUUGCAACAUAUACACUUUUUAUAAUUAGCUCUAAGCAUAUGAAAUAAACAGUAAGUAUUAUUACAGAAUUAUAUGAAUAGAACAUAUUUAUGUGAAUAGAUAAGUAUUUAAUUAGUUACCUAAAAUUAUUAUUUUACAUUGAGAUCUUUGUAAUAUAUUUGCUUUUUCAGUAAUAAAAUAUCUUUGCGUAACAA